CUGCGAGAUGAGAUCHGCAUCUUUUUGGAGGAGGAAGGCAGUGAUCUUGCCCACAAAUUUAACUGUAACAAGUUUCUCAUGAAACWUGCWUAUCUCAGUGACAUGUUUCUGAAACUCAAUGGACUGAAUUUGCAGAUGCAAGGCUCAAACACACACCUUCCACAUCUGGCAGAUAAAGUCACAUCAUUUAUCAGAAAACUAGAGAUGUGGGGGCAGCGGGUGAAAGAUGGAAAUGUGGACUCAUUUGAUAACUUAAAAUCCUUCACUGAAGGCAACAAGCUGGAGAACACAGUGACCUCAUGCAUGAACACACACAUCACUACCCUUCAGAAACAUUUCCAGAAAUAUUUCCUGGUGCAGGAGUCCAAAGAAUAUGACUGGAUCCGUGAUCCCUUCAGUGCAACACCACCUGCCGACUUCAGCACAUCAGAAGAAGAGCAGUUCAUUGAUACCACCUCCAAUUCAACAAUGAGGCUGCAGUUUAGGUCCAAGACACUGGCUGCAUUUUGGAUAGGAGUGGAGAAWGAUCACCCUCUGCUAGGAAAGAGAGCACUGGCCACACUUCUUUCCUUUUGCCACAUCCUACCUAUGUGAAAUAGGUUUUUCUGCUGUGGCCUCAAUCAAGACCAAAUACAGAUCAAAGCUGGACAUU